UUCCCAUUUCCACUCUUCUCUUUUCUCUCUCUUCCACCUCGUCCUCCCGUCCCCCCUCCACUCCAACCAAGCCAAGCCAACCCAACGCCUGGCCGUCCCCAGAUUUGCAGCUCGCCCCAGCGAAUCCUCCGAAUUACCCCAUCCCUUGCCACGCCGCGCGCUGCCCGCGGUCUCCGGAGCGGAGCGGCCCCUCCCCUCACCGCAAUUCCCGAGGCCUUCCGGCCUUGGUGCUCUCGCCUCCCUCGCCUAGCUCCUUCGCGAUCGCGCCGCGCCGAGGCGGAACGCGGACGAAUCACGCUGCCCGGGCGGGAAUCUAGGCUUCCGCCGAUGGAGCCCGCGGCGUAGGGCGGGGUCCCUGCCUGCGUCGCUGGCGCGUGGGAGAUCUCGCCGCCUCCAAACCCUAGCGGGAGAGGCGGCUGGAGGCUCGCCUCUAGUAGCUCGUGGCGGCGGCCAUGGACGUCGACCCGCGCAUGACGACAGAGUCCGACUCCGACUCCGACGCAGCGGCCGCGGCCGCGCACGGGGGCAGCGCCGGAGGCUCCGGGUCUGGGAGCGAGACCUCGUCGUCGUCCGCACCGUCCUCGCCCGGGACGCCCGCUGCAGCCCCGAAUCCGGCGGCGGUCGGGGCGGCGGGGCCGAGGCCAGCGCCGGGGUACACGGUGGUAAACGCGGUCAUCGAGAAGAAAGAGGACGGCGCGGGGUGCCGGUGCGGGCACACGCUCACGGCGGUGCCGGCCGUAGGGGAGGAGGGAACGCCGGGGUACAUCGGCCCACGGCUGAUCCUGUUCGGAGGGGCCACCGCGCUCGAGGGAAACUCUGCCACGCCGCCCUCUUCGGCCGGGAGCGCGGGGAUCCGUCUUGCUGGUGCCACAGCAGAUGUCCAUUGUUAUGAUGUGAUAUCUAACAAAUGGAGCAGGCUUACCCCACUUGGGGAGCCUCCUUCACCAAGAGCUGCACAUGUGGCAACUGCGGUUGGAACCAUGGUGGUCAUUCAGGGUGGAAUUGGCCCUGCUGGUUUAUCUGCAGAGGAUCUCCAUGUUCUGGACCUUACACAGCAACGACCACGAUGGCACAGAGUGGUGGUUCAAGGACCUGGUCCAGGUCCACGAUAUGGUCAUGUGAUGGCCUUGGUUGGGCAGAGGUUUUUGUUGACUAUUGGUGGAAAUGAUGGGAAGCGACCCCUGGCGGAUGUUUGGGCCCUUGAUACCGCAGCUAAGCCAUACGAAUGGAGGAAACUUGAACCUGAAGGUGAAGGACCGCCGCCAUGCAUGUAUGCCACUGCAAGCGCACGCUCUGAUGGUCUUCUCUUACUUUGUGGUGGGAGGGAUGCCAAUAGUGUGCCCCUAUCAAGUGCAUAUGGUCUUGCAAAACAUAGAGAUGGGCGCUGGGAGUGGGCAAUUGCCCCUGGUGUCUCUCCAUCACCCAGAUACCAACAUGCAGCUGUUUUUGUGAAUGCACGUCUUCAUGUGUCAGGAGGGGCUCUUGGAGGUGGGCGGAUGGUAGAAGACUCCUCGAGUGUUGCAGUAUUAGACACUGCUGCUGGAGUCUGGUGCGACACAAAGUCAGUUGUUACAACUCCCAGGACGGGAAGGUAUAGUGCAGAUGCAGCAGGAGGAGAUGCUGCUGUUGAGCUAACACGACGGUGCAGGCAUGCAGCCGCUGCUGUUAAUGAUCUUAUAUUCAUCUAUGGAGGUUUACGAGGAGGGGUACUUCUGGAUGAUCUUCUUGUGGCUGAAGAUCUUGCUGCUGCUGAAACAACAACUGCUGCUAAUCAUGCGGCAGCAAGUGCAGCAGCCACUAGUAUGCAGGCUGGAAGAGCACCUGGAAGGUAUGCUUACAAUGAGGAACGAACAAGACAAACAGCUACGGAAUCAGGUCCUGAUGGAGCUGUAGUUCUCGGGACUCCAGUUGCACCGCCUGUAAAUGGAGACAUGUAUACUGAUAUUAGUCCCGAGAAUGCUUUGCUGCAGGGACAGAGGAGAUUAAGCAAAGGUGUGGAUUAUUUAGUUGAAGCAUCAGCAGCAGAGGCGGAGGCAAUCAGUGCUACGUUAGCUGCUGUGAAGGCCAGGCAGGUUAAUGGUGAGAUGGAGCAGUUGCUUGACAAGGAGCAGUCUCCAGACUCCACAUCAAGCAGUAAACAUUCCAGCCCCAUCAAACCAGAGAGUGCUCUGUCUAACAACAUGACAGCUCCAGCACCUGGGGUUCGCUUGCACCAUAGAGCUGUUGUGGUGGCUGCCGAAACUGGAGGUGCCUUAGGUGGCAUGGUCAGACAACUAUCAAUUGACCAGUUUGAAAAUGAAGGAAGAAGGGUCAGCUAUGGCACCCCUGAGAAUGCAACUGCAGCAAGGAAGUUACUAGAUAGGCAAAUGUCUAUUAAUAGUGUUCCUAAAAAGGUAAUUGCAUCUCUGUUGAAACCUCGUGGCUGGAAGCCCCCUGUCCGAAGGCAGUUCUUCUUGGACUGCAAUGAGAUUGCAGAUCUGUGUGAUAGUGCUGAGAGAAUAUUUUCAAGCGAACCAAGUGUUUUGCAGCUUAAAGCCCCUGUUAAGAUAUUCGGUGAUUUACAUGGACAAUUUGGAGACCUUAUGAGGUUGUUUGAUGAAUAUGGUGCCCCUUCGACAGCAGGAGAUAUCGCUUACAUUGAUUAUCUCUUCUUGGGAGACUAUGUAGAUCGCGGCCAGCAUAGUUUAGAAACUAUUACUCUUCUUCUUGCAUUGAAGGUUGAAUAUCCUCAAAAUGUACAUUUGAUUCGUGGAAAUCAUGAAGCUGCAGAUAUCAAUGCUUUGUUUGGUUUCCGAAUAGAGUGUAUAGAGCGAAUGGGUGAGAGAGAUGGUAUCUGGACAUGGCAUCGCAUGAAUAGAUUAUUCAAUUGGCUUCCUUUGGCUGCGCUUAUAGAAAAGAAAAUCAUUUGUAUGCAUGGUGGCAUUGGUCGGUCAAUCAACCAUGUUGAGCAAAUCGAGAAUCUUCAAAGACCAAUUACGAUGGAAGCUGGCUCGGUUGUCCUUAUGGAUCUUCUAUGGUCCGAUCCGACAGAGAAUGACAGUGUUGAAGGACUGAGGCCCAAUGCCCGGGGCCCUGGUCUUGUUACAUUUGGGCCUGAUCGUGUUAUGGAAUUCUGCAACAACAAUGACCUUCAGUUAAUCGUGCGAGCACAUGAGUGCGUGAUGGAUGGCUUUGAGCGCUUUGCUCAAGGUCACCUGAUCACUCUUUUCUCUGCAACAAAUUAUUGCGGUACUGCAAAUAAUGCCGGUGCAAUCUUGGUUUUGGGUAGAGAUCUUGUGGUUGUACCGAAACUAAUUCAUCCUUUGCCCCCUGCAAUUACAUCACCCGAGACAUCACCAGAUCAUACUGAUGACACAUGGAUGCAGGAGCUGAAUGCUAACAGACCACCAACUCCGACCAGGGGCCGUCCUCAAACGGUAUCUAAUGAUCGAGGCUCUCUUGCCUGGAUAUAGAAGAUUCACCACAUAUUUGGUUGGUAUGAUCCAUCUGAAGCCUGACUCAGCAGGAUCUUGCAAUUUUCAUUUGUGUUCGAGAGAGAGGCUAGUCCACAGACAUACCGAAAGAAAAUUAUGUACAGGGAGCAAAGUGGACUAGUAUAAUUGUAUAAAGCUGGACGAAGAGAGCUUCAUCCAGGACAGUGCUCUCCAAUUUGAUCCACCGAACACAGAGUAGCAGUGCAAAUAGAACUCAGAGUUUAUCUGAAGAUCCAUGGAGGCUUCACUUGUAUAUACUCAGCUGGGUGGAUAGGGUGGUGUGUUUUUUUUUUGCAUCCAAUUGGAAUGGCAAAGGAAAUAGUGUUAUUGUACUAGGUAUUCUUUCCUCUCUUUUCCCACUUUCUGUGGCCUAGAAUUUUCGUCAUGUUGCAAAGUGUUUUUGAGUUGCCACAGGGAUCUGUCUGGUCGGGGUCGGGGUCUGGGUCUGGGUCUAGUCGUGUAUAAUAGCCUUCCCUCUCAUCCUAUUCUAUGUUGAAACAUCCCCCCUCUUCUCUGUAAUUUCAGUCUGAUACUGAUGUGUUUAAAGUUUUGGGUGCCAAACUGAGCUUGUUGUUUGAUUUUUUAUUAGAGGUAAAGAGCUGUUAUCAUCUUUGA